AUGAAUGACAUGAUAUACGAUGGCUUUGAGUCAUUGCAAUCGAUUGACCUCUGGCCGAACCAAACAACAGGCGGCCGCCUGCUUCUUCACAUGGAAAUGGCGCAAGCGCUGAUGCAGCCCCAGUCCUCUUAUCACGGCUGGCUUCAACAUCUUCGCUUCGUAGUUGAGGUGUCUCAUGAGGAUACCGACCAUGCGUACGAGCUGAUUGAGAGCACUAGUCUAGAUGACUUGUCCGAGCCAUAUAUCGCCAUUUCCUAUCGCUGGCCAGAGAACAAGUCGGGCGUCCUUCCCGCCAAGCACCACAUCUUGGCAGGUACCCCAAGACGACCGGGAGAAAAGUUUUGGAGGCCGGUUAAUGCUCCCAUCGACGUCCUUCGACGGGCUUUUGCAUUUGCGCGCGCACAUGGAAUUCGCAAGAUUUGGAUCGAUCAAGAGUGCAUUGACCAAGAAGAUGAAGAUGAAGUGGCACAGGCUAUUCAGAGCAUGCACGUCGUGUAUCGACAGGCCGCCAUUGUGCUGGCUGUACUGGGCCACCAUGUCACAAAUCGCGCGGAUAUCAAUGCUCUAGAGAAGCUCGCAGAGAUGGGAGAUGGAGCCCAAGUCACUCUUCGUGAGCGAGUCAUGGGAGAUUCAUGGUGGACGCGUGCAUGGGCUGCCCAAGAAAUGGGAGUCGCGACGUACGACCAGCUACGUUUCAUGGUUGGAUGGCACGAGUCUCUCGAUACCGGAGGCACUUGGUGGAGGGAACUCACGGAGAGGUAUAACCAAAGUCGUGAUGCUCAAGACCAACAAAAUGUCUCCCGAGAAUGGGUACUGCGCGGUAAUCAGCCGCUCUAUUUGAAUAUGCUGGCGGGUGGUUCUCCGAAAGUUUUGUACGGUCUGGUGUCGGGCUUUUCUCAUCCUCCUGUCAUGCCAGCUACUGUUUUUGCUCUUCUUACAGGGUAUCGUCAAUUUCAACAAGAAUGUUCCCCAGGAGCUAAUGAGACAUUCAGCACUGACGGCAUGCCAAAAAUGCCCAUAUUUGAAGCUGUCAGACUCCUCGCGUACAAGGAAUGCCUAAAAGUUUCGGAUAAAUUGGCCAUGCUUGGGAACUUGGCAGAUUUUGAGCAACGAAUCGACAGAACCAAGGCUGUAAAAUUGCAACUUGGAUUCACCGCCUGCGCCCUGGCGUUGGCUCUAUAUAAUGGCAACGUCAAUCCCUUGUUCAGCAGUCUACAUGAGCUUGUACAAGAAUUGGCUAACACGGCCAAUCGCGGCUUGGUUUCCUGGCUACCAAGCAACCAACUUAGUUUGGAAGAUCUCAGCACGCAGUUCGAAUUCUCGCAUGCGCUAAAUUCAAUGGGAGGACAAUCGUGCAAGGCCUUAGUGCUAGAUGGAAAGCUGGCAACAAAGGGAUUCAUGUGGGAGAUUUCAGAGUAUCGAGGAUUUCAAGGCAUUGCAAAACAAAUGCAAAUGCACCAGGACCCGACUCUGCGUCUACAAUUACUUUUGCGGACACUUUGUCGAUCUGGCCGUCAUGACCUCUUGGCCAUUAUGAUUACCCUACGGAUGUUUCGACCUAUAAAAUCCCCAGGCGAGUUGGUACACCACAUGUUGGCAAUCCAAGAGUGGUCGCUAGAAAUGAGACCAUGGCCAGCACAAGUAUUCUCUGGGUACGUAAACUUCACGGACCAUGAACCUUGGAAAAUAAUUACCGCCAUCUGCACUGAAAUCGCUGCUGGGAGACCACUCUUGCUCGGAUCGUAUGGCAAGGGAGAUGACGAGCUGACGUGCCUUUGUCUGGGACCUCUAAACACGAAGCAAGUCUUUUCACCAUUGAGUUCUCUUUCAUGCGAGUUCACAUUGAACCAAUUGGAGCACCUGGCGCGAACUACCAAUGAUAAUCGUCAUUGGUAUGUGGAAUCUACAUCAGGCCGCGUGUCCCAGAGGCUUCAGGAAAAGUUGCUGGAGCACCUAGAUGACAACGAUCCGCCAUCUUCUAAAGUAUUUCGGAUACGAGGAACCACGACAGUCAUAAUAAACCCUUUUUUCUGGGUUCCCAUUGCUCACAACAACACGAGGUUCCAGUACCGUUUCAAGACAUCAGGCAAGUACCUUCAAUGCAUACUCAAUAUGAGCUGA